UAAUAUUUUAGCGUUUAGCUUCCUGCUUGCCGUAGUUGUAGCCGCCGGCUGCGUUGGCAACAUGGCGACUCCAGAUGUCCACGUCCGAGUGUGUGAGCAAGAACUACUCAGAUAUGACUUGGAAAUCAAGGCUCUCAUCCAGGACAUUACAGAGUGCGAUGGCCCUCAGAGCAAGCUGACGGAAGUAAACACAGACGUAAAGAAACACUUCCACAAUCUCAGAUUGAGGAUUCAGGACUUUGAGCGGAUGGCAAUGGAACAAGACAAAGAGUCGGACAAGCAAGCUUUGCUCAGUCAAGUAGAGGGACACAGAAAACAGAUGCUGAGCAACCAGACGGCCUGGAGGAAAGCCAACCUCGCCAGCAAACUGUCCAUCGACAAAAUGGAAAAGCAGGCGCUGCUUAAUGGCGCCGUGAGGCAGAGGAAGAUGACCAAAAAGGGCCUCGCCCAAAAUGCCAGCGACAUCACAGAAAACCUCAUGAGCAUCAGCCGGAUGAUGGCCCAGCAGGUUCAGCAGAGCGAAGAGACCAUAACAACAAUAGCAACCUCGUCGAGAACAAUUCAAGAGACAAAUGAGGAGUUCAAGGCCAUGACGGGGACCAUUCAGCUGGGCAGAAAGCUCAUCACCAAGUACAACCGCAGGGAGCUCACUGAUAAACUGCUCAUCUUCUUGGCCUUGGCUCUGUUCUUUGCAACAGUCCUCUACAUCCUCAAAAAGAGGCUGUUCCCUUUCUUAUAGACCACAAGCUUCAGAGGAUCCCUCCCGCUUUCCAUAGUUGGCCUACAUACAAUGUAAAUUUUAUGCUGUUGUGUAAAAAUAUUCUCCACAGAUAGAAGGAUAAUCUAGCAUGUCUGCAGUACUUCGAAGUGAUAUUUGGUUUUACGUUUUUCUUUUUAAAUAUCUUAAAUCAUUUUAGAAGUGGAAAGAGCAGAUAAUAGGUGAUAAUUUACAAUAUCAUUAAUUAUUAUUUUUAAAAGCAACUUGUAAUGACACUAGAUGUGUAUUUUGGUACCAAUUCCAGGUCUGAACAUUUCUGUGGAGCAGAAUUUUUUUUCCCCGCUUUUUAUUAUUUAAUAUGAGAUAAUCAACUUGCAAAUACACUUAAACCUUUUUGUGUUAAUGCUUUUCCUCUUUGUACUGUAAUAUUACUAUUAUGUAUAAUUAGAACUGCUUAAAUGUGUCAUGAUUCUCUUGAAGGACUCCAGUAUUGGUUAUGUUUUCCUUCCGGCCCUGUACUCUGUAUUUUAUUAAUGGAUAGCACUUAUUGCAUGUGUUUGCUCUUCUGUCCAUCGCAGUGUUUUCUACCCGUUUUAAACCAUACUGGAUUUGUUGUGUUAGAUGCUGCACGCAGCAGCUGCACUGUCCCUGCUGCAGCGGAGAAGCUCAGUAAAGCAGCAGAGCUGUUCACACUGGCAUAGCCACAUUCAUCCACUGCCUUUCUCUAGAUAAGACCCGGAAAAGCAGAUUAUAGUGAGAGACGCCCCCCCAACCCCCCUUAUUUCAGUGUGGGUGGUGGAUGAGAGAGGGUGGAUAUUUUUAGGUUUGUGCACUGGUGUUAUCUGACGUUGCCAUUUCAACACCACGGAGGAGAGGGUGAUCGCAGAAGCUACGUGACCUUGCUACCCUCUGCAACUGUUUUCCAUUGUCUUUAUAUUUGUCAUGAAGUUUUUUUUUUCUCUUGGUUUCUAAUAAACAUUCAUGCUUCAGGCUUUACAUCUCAA